ACCAACUUAUCGUUGACUGUGCUACUACUACAAACUGUUCUGAAAGCAAAUAUCUCUUUCUCAUAAUUUCAGAUUCUACAUAGUCACUUUGGUAAUUUUCAUUUUUUCUUCUGAAAUCAUGCAAAACCAAAGCUUUGUAACCGAGUUUGUCCUCUUGGGGCUUUCACAGAAUCCAAAUGUUCAGAAAAUAGUAUUUGUUGUAUUUUUAUUUGGCUACAUUGCAACUGUUGGGUGCAACUUGCUGGUUGUUGUGACCAUCAUCAGCACCCUGGCACUCCUGGGCUCCCCCAUGUACUUCUUUCUGGCUUUUCUGUCCUUCCUGGAUGCAAGCUUCUCCUCCGUUAUUGCCCCAAAGAUGAUUGUGGACUCACUCUAUGAGAGAAAAACCAUCUCCUUCAAGGGCUGCAUGACUCAGCUCUUUGCUGAACACUUCUUUGCUGGAGUGGAGGUGAUCGUCCUCACCACCAUGGCCUAUGACCGCUAUGUGGCUAUUUGCAGGCCCUUGCACUACACCUCUAUCAUGAACUGGAGGCUUUGUGGCAUUCUGAUGGGGGUAGCCUGGACAGGGGGCUUCUUGCAUGCUGUGAUACAAAUUCUCUUUACUUUCCAGCUGCCCUUCUGUGGUCCCAAUAUCAUUGACCACUUUAUGUGUGAUUUGUACCCAUUAUUAGAGCUUGUCUGCACUGACACUCAUGUUGUUCGCCUGUUGGUGGUUGCUAAUAGUGGGUUCAUCUGCAUCAUAAACUUGUCCUUGUUGCUUAUCUCCUAUUGUAUCAUCUUAUACUCACUGAGAACAUGUAGCUCUGAAGGUCGCCGGAAAGCUCUCUCCACCUGUGGAUCUCACAUUACUGUCGUGAUUUUGUUCUUUGUCCCAUGCAUAGUUGUGUAUGCACAGCCAACCUCAGGUUUCUCCUUUGAAAAGAUGGUGGCUAUAUUUUCCACCACCGUCACUCCUCUGCUCAAUCCUUUGAUUUAUACUUUGAGGAAUAAGGAAGUGAAGAAUGCCAUGAGGAAUUUCUUGAUGAGAUUGGUGGCAAUUUCUCAUGAAAAAUAAAAUAUUAAACUUAAAAAUGAAACUUCAAGAGAAAACAAAUCCAAAUGA